AUGUCGUUCUUCUCCAAAGGUCGCCCCGUCUCCGCGGGCGGCAGCGGGCAACCUCCCGCCGCGCCGCGAUACGCGAGCCAGCUCGAGAAGAUCGCGAGCAGCGCGAACCCGCUCCUCGGCGGAUCUCAGCCGUCUUGGCACGGAGGAUCCGGCGGCGGCGGCGGCGGCGCGGGAGGCGUCGGCGGCGGCGGCGGACGCGCGCCGAUCACGGGCUACGGCGCGCUCGCGGGCGGCGCGCGCGGCGACGGGUACUGGGGCCCGAAGCCAUCCAGAGGCGGCGGCGGCGGCGGCGGCGGCGGCGGCGGGAUGUGGCAGCACGACGCGUACGACGACGACGACGGCCCCGGACGAAUGCGCGACGACACCAGUCGCAAGCGCAAGCACGACGACGUGUGGCGGCCGAACCAGACCACGGGAAAGCUCGGGAAGCAACCCAAGCCGCCGAAGAGCCCGUCGUCGUCGCAGCCGAGCAAGCCGAAGCCGGUCGCGGGCGCGAGCGCGGACGGGUCGCCGUACCGACCGCCGCUUCGACGAUGCGUCGUCUCCUCCAAAGCCGUGCGCGCCAUGCAAACCGCGGUGGACGCGCCGCUGCCCCCCGGACUGCUUCAAGAGUCCGACGUCCAUCUCUCGUCCUCCGCGCCGGACCUCGCGUACUUAGAGAAGCGCGCGGCGGAGAACGCGGCGCUGAUGGACGGCGGCGGCGGCGGGCAUAACCUUCGAAUGUGCGCGCCGCCGACGGUGCCCGGCGGCGGCCCGCACGCGCGGACGCGGAUGAGCCUCCCGGUGUACCGCCACAGAGACGCGCUCAUAGACGCGUUCAAGAACAACCCGGUGACGAUCGUGGAGGGCGAGACCGGGAGCGGGAAGACGACGCAGGUGGCGCAGUACCUGUUGGAGCACGCCGCGGAGACGGGCACGCCGGUGAACAUCGUCUGCACGCAACCGCGGAGGAUCUCCGCCAUCGGCGUCGCCGAGCGCGUCGCGAGCGAGCGCGGAGAGCCGCGCGUCGGCGUCGGCGCGGUCGGGUACGCGAUCCGCGGCGAGAGCAAGACGUGCGAUAACACGCGGCUGCUGUUUUGCACGACGGGGGUGUUGCUGCGGCGGUUGGAGCGAGACCCGGGGCUUCACGGCGUGACGCACGUGCUCGUGGACGAGGUGCACGAGCGCACGGUGGAGGGCGAUUUCCUUCUCAUGGCGCUCAAGGAGAUGCUCGGGAGGCGCGCGAACGAGCGGCGCGAGGGCGGCGGGUCUUUUGAGGAGAAAGCGGAGAAGAGCGACGGCGACGACGACGACGCCCCGGAGCGCGCGCCUUCUCUGGGGUCUCUGAAACCCGUCCCGAAGUCCCUCAAAGCCGCCGCCGCGUCCGCCGCGUCCGCGACGACGACGGUGAAGCUCGGCCUGAUGUCCGCCACGAUGGACGGCGACGUCCUCGCGAAAUACUUCGACGACGCCCCGCGCGUGUCUUUCCCCGGCCGCGCGUACCCGGUCGCGACGCUGCACCUCGAAGACGCGCUCUCGGUGACGAACCACUGGGUCGAUCGCCAGGCGGAGUGGUGCCACGGGUCGCGCGAGCAUCAACGCAGAGCGGGGAAGGCGGCGUCGAAGGACGAGAGCAACCGCCCGCCGAGCGAGGGCGAGUGGCUGCAGAGACUGACGCGGUCGAGCCGUAAUCAGCAUCGCGCGCGAGCGGCGUGCCGCGCGCUCGCGCAGCUCGACGAGAACGUCGUGAACGUGCAGCUCAUCUCCGAGCUCGUGAGGUGGUUCGUCGUGGACGCGGAGGGCGACGUGGACCACGCGUUGGCCAAGCUUCCUAACGCGCGCGAUGACCGAUGGGAUAAGGGGAUGGCGGAUAACGACCGCGGGAUGGACGGCGCCGCGAUCCUCGUGUUCUUACCCGGCACCAAGGAGAUCGACGCGGUGAAGGAGGCGCUGGGGAUGCUCGCGAGGCGCCUGCACGGCGGCGGCGGCGGCGCGGACGCGCGACGCGGACGGUUCGUCCUCGACCCCGACUGGAUCCUGCCUCUGCACGGCAGCCUCCCUCCCGACGACCAGCGCAAGGUCUUCUUGCGUCCGCCGCCGGGCGUGUGCAAGGUUGUCCUGUCCACGAACGUCGCGGAGACGUCCAUCACGAUCGACGACGUGACGUGCGUCAUCGACACCGGACGCGUGAAGGAGGAGCGAUACGACGCGGAGCGUCUGAUGAGCUCGCUGGACGACGUGAUGGUCUCCCACGCGGCGGCGAAGCAGCGCCGCGGCCGCGCCGGGCGCGUCCGCCCGGGCAUCGCGUUCCAUCUGUUCACGUCCGACGCGCCGCUGGCGCGGUACACGGACCCGGAAGUCCGCAGAGUCGGUCUUCAGCAACUCGUCAUGCGCGUGAAAGCGCUGAACCUCGAGGGCGACGCCGAGGCGGUGUGCUCGCGUCUCCCGGAGCCCCCCGAGAAGGUCGCCGUGCACAACGCCGUGGAGGACCUCCGCUGCAUCGGCGCGCUCACCGCGGGCGCGUGCGAAUCGCUCACGCCGCUCGGAAGACUCCUCGCGCAGCUCCCCACGGACGCGCGACUCGGGAAGCUCGUCGUGUACGGCUGCGCGCUCGGUCUCGCGGACGAGGCGAUCACGCUCGCGUCGCUGCUCGGCAGCCGGUCGCCGUUCAUGAUGCCCGCGGAGGCGCGCGAAGCCGCGGACGAGAGCAAGCGGAAGUUUGGGGAAGGCCCGCAGUCGGACGUUCUCGGCGCGCUGCAGGCGUACAACGAGUUCGACGCCAUCGCGGGCGAGUCGCGGUUCUCGUUCGCGCGCGAUCGGUUCUUGUCGAUCAAGACGCUGCAGCAAGUCGCGAACAGCAAGAGGCAGCUGCUCGAGAACUUGAGCACGCUCGGCAUCGUCCCGAGAGGGAUCCGCGCGAACCACGCGGAGUACGUCGGAAGGAAGUACGACGGCACCGACGGCGUCCGGCUCGUGCUCGGGCAGACGUCCACGGCGCAAGCCGCGGACGGCGGCGGCGGCGGCGGCGGGGAGCACUUCGUCCCGGCCGGCCUCCUCGCCGGCCUCCUCUGCGCCGGUCUCUACCCGCAGCUCGCGUACCUUCACGCGCCGCCGACGAAGAAGGGCGCCGCGUCCGCGUCCGCGGUGAAGCUCCACGUCCGCCCCGCGGACCGCGACGCGUCAGAGCCCGACGCCGCGAGCGUCCACCCGAGCUCGGUCAACUCGAAGCUCGACGGAAACGCGUGGCGGUCGUGUUACGUCGCGUUCCACGAGCGCGUCAAGACGAGCAAGGUGUACACGCGCGACAGCACGCCGGUGCCGCCGCUGGCGAUGAUGGUCCUCGCCGGCGGCGAUCUGAAAGUCGAGAACGGCGGCGGCCCGGACGGGAGUCUGAGAUUCGGUUGCACGCGCCGCGGCCGGCGUGCGACGCCGUCGUCGAGCUCCGGGAGCGCGUCCAAGCGCUCGUGCGUCGGCUCGUGA